AUGUACGCGUUUACAACAUUGACCCUGCUUGCAACAUCUGUCUUGGCGUCUCCUACUCCUCAGAUCCCCAAGCCAGUCUCGAAGCUCGCAAGCGAUCCGGGAUAUCUUGAAGGAUGUCCCCAGGAGAAGAAGAAUUGCACAAGAAUAGUGCUUGGCCAGCCUCCUGCCUCUAAGACCAUGAUUUGGGGCAGUAAAAAGCCAUCUGAUCUCAUCGACUUCCUCCGAGCUCCAGAUGGGCCUUGCUCACCCGGCGACUGCAACACCGACGACCCCAACACGAGCCAGACUACCGAUUUAGUGAUCAAGCAAGCCAUGGUCGAUGUCAAAGCGACCAAACCCCUCAAAAUCACCGUAAAAUCCGAAAACGUCCCCAACGGCGAAAUCCGCGAUCUUCUCGUGACUGCUCUCCAAGCGGCCUUCAUGUCCGGUGCCAAACACGAACCCAGAUCCUACCUCAACGAGGAAGGCAAACCCUUCCUUGGCCGCGUCGCCCCACCCGAGGCGUUGCGGCCUAAAAUCGUUCAGUGGACCGCCGGCACCCAGUACACCGUCAAGCAUCGUGCGUACACGCCAGAGGGCUAUGGCGAGACUUUCGAUAUGGAGGUGAAUAUCGAGCUGGACGAUAUGCAGGAUGCGAACUGUGCCGACGUAACUGUGGGGGCGUCGAGUGGGGCGCUAUUGGCGGGCACGCUGUCCACGGUUUUUCCGCUGUUCGCGGUGGUGGCGGCUGUCCUUGGUGUUGUGGGGCCGAUAUGUAAUAAAAUUGAGGAUACCUGUACGGAGGAAAUCUUGGAUCAGAAAGUCUUCACUGGAGGCAUCACUGCAGACGCGCUCGAUCACGGCCUUGGACCACCACCAUUUGCGCACAAGCGCUUGUGUAAAGACAUGGCUGCUAUUGGAGACGCUCCCUCACCCGUUCACGAUCUCGUCAUCUUUUUGCCCGAGGGGGACUCAGACCCAAAGUUGGUCUGGGUCAGCUCCAAUAGCAACGAAGAAGCUUACAAUCUACUUGGACCUCAAGACGACCAUACAGCUGAAUUGAAUCAUUUCGAUGGGAACCAUCUGCGAAAUUUCGCUGUGGACAAUGAAAUCGAGAUCCUGUAUCGCGACAAUAUGAUAAAUGACGGGUCCUCCAAAAAUCAGACUCUAUACAGUCUUACGACUUUACCGAUUCGAUACACCUGGAAUGGCCCCAUCGUCAUCAUGAAAAGUAUAGGCAUUGGGCCUGACGCCGAAGGUCGGCAAAGUAUAACACUUGCUGACUUUAGACAUGCGAUUGACUGGUUUGUCAUGUAUCGUGGAUUCAUGAAGCCUGCCAAAAACCUCGACUAUGACAUAUCUAGGAUUCAAGGAGUGAAGAUUAGCUGCCGUGGUGAGGAGAGAGAACUCGGGACUGCGAAAUAUUCGACAGUGAAGGUACCGAAGGACCACCCGAUAUUCAGGAAAAAUGAUGCAAUCCCUAUUUCCAAGUGUGUUCGGACGCCACUACUGGUUCGAAAGCUUGGGCCAGAUCCGGCGUGGGAGACCAAGGAUUACGGCCCAUUCGUGAACCAAGAAGCGACCUUUCUCAACCUGGACUGUCUUGCUAGCAGCGGUACCUUUUGUUGGGCUGCUCCUGAAUGGCAGAAUGAAGUGGGCAACGUGAUCGUCGUGCGGCAAGACCAAGGAGUCCUUCUUGCUAAGCACGUAGAAGUGUUGUGUAAGUAUCUCAUGUUGGAGAUCAUGCCCGCGAAGGAAAUUGCCGCAGAGGCCGGUCAAGAUUUCCGCGAAGUGACUGAUCUGAUGACCGAGAAGAAAUUCAAGGAGUACUUUGAAGUCUAUCGUGGUGAGAAGAUUGCCGCGCCCGGGACGAGCAAUCGGGAGAAGGACGAUUGGAGGAGUGUACCAGUUCCCUUCAAGACUCCGCUUCACCUGCAGCAUCUCGAUGAGAAUAAGAUAAAGACUUUUGACCUCCAUGCGAUGAUGGAAGAAAUCUACUCCCUUUAG